AUGACUACCGCCGCUGGUGUUUAUCCUCCAUUGGAGAGCCGUCCCCUCAAGGACACCAUCGUCCUGUUCGAUGUCGACGAGACACUCACCAAGGCUCGGCGCACCGUCAAGCCUGAGAUGCUCGAGCUCCUUUCCCGUCUUCGUCACAAGUGCGCCAUUGGUUAUGUCGGCGGCUCCAACUUCGUCAAGCAACAGGAGCAAUUGGGCUCUGCAACAACCGAUGUCACCACCCUGUUCGACUUCUGCUUCCCCGAGAACGGCCUGGUCGCCUACCGCCUGGGCAAGCCGCUCGCUAGCAACAGCUUCAUCCAAUGGCUCGGAGAGGAGAAGUACCAGGAGCUGGCAGACUUCUGCCUCCGGUAUAUCUCCAACCUGAAGCUUCCCAAGAAGCGCGGUACCUUUGUUGAGUUCCGUAACGGCAUGAUCAACGUCAGCCCCAUCGGCCGUAACGCUAGUGUGGAGGAGCGGAACGAGUACGAGGCCUAUGAUUUAAAAAACAACAUUCGCAAGGACUUUGUGGCUGCUCUCAAGAAAGAGUUCCCCGACUAUGGUCUCACUUUCUCUAUCGGCGGCCAAAUCUCGUUCGAUGUCUUCCCUGCCGGCUGGGACAAGACUUAUUCCCUGCAGCACGUUGAGGCCGAGAAGGAGAUCUCCGGCGCCGAUUACAAGAACAUCCACUUCUUCGGCGACAAGUGUUUCGUCGGAGGUAACGAUCACGAGAUUUAUGAGGACCCCCGAACAAUCGGCCACUCUGUUGCGGAUCCCGACGACACUAUGAAGCAGCUUAAGGAGAUCUUCGAUCUUUAG